UCGGGGUUCACCCACUUGUCUCCACCUUCUGGGCUGCAAACACUUAACCACCAGCCAAGGAUACUGUCACUCCUAGCGACAGGAUAGCGACAGGAUAAUCUGCCGCUCAACACAGCAGCUUUGAAAUCUACGACCAAUGCUACUACCACCGUUAUUACUACUACCAAUGCUAUUGUUUCUAGCCCGUUGUCUCGCACGUUUGGGGAAACAUAUUGAGGGCCUGGAUAAGUUUCUAGUCGCCUUCGACAUCAUCUGCAUAGUUUGUGCCAAACUCUCGCUCAAAGCCACUAUUAUGGGAACAGAUAACAAAAAAGAGUUCACCACCGGUGUGGCUACAUCUCUUGGUGCUCAUGCUGGGAAAUUUCUGGUGCUCACGCUGGGAUUCGAACUCGGAAACUCUCGUAUGCGCUGAGCCUGUCGUCGAGUAGGCUGAUUGGUGUAGAAUUUAAUUGAAGGCGCCUGCUGUGCUGGUGACAGGAAUGGAAUUGAG